UCCGCCCUGUGAGAAAUGAAACACAGACCGGGGAAUAAACAUAUUACUCCACAUCAUGGCUACAUUACUGGAACGACUGGGCUUCUUACAAAAAGUUGGUCUUCUUUUCUUUUUCUCAGGUGCCCACCCUCAUGAGAGCUACAGCAGAUGACGAAUCGCCAUGUCCAGGUUAUCUCUUUGAGGAGAUCAGUAAAAUUUCCCAUGAGUCUGUGGGCUGCUGCCAGUGUCUUUUGGAGUACCUCUUGGAGAGACUGCAGGUGGAGUCCUGCCAUGUCAAGCUCAAGGUCCUGAAGAUUCUCUUACAUUUAUGUAGCCAUGGACCACCUCACUUCCUCACAGAGCUUCGACGGAAUGCUACAUUUAUACAGGAAGUGAUUGUGUACAGUGGCCCCCCGGACCCCAUCCAUGGGAAUGCCCCCUUUCAGAAAGUCAGAAGCUCUGCUCAGGAGUUGGCCAGUCUUCUCUUUAAUGAUACCAUGUCUCUGGAUUCUGGAGUCGCUCCAUGCAAAAAAGUGACAACAUCCAUGGGAAUGGGCUCUGCGUCCCUCAGGUCUGGCAUGCAGGGGUUUGGAUACAGCCCAGGAAAGACAGAGUCCAGUGGAACGACUCUAUUGGACAAGAUUCAGAGAGCUGCGGAAGUGGUCGCCAGCGCCGUCCUUCCUCCAGCAGAGCAUCCUGGAAUUCGUCUCCAUGAUAACCACUACCACGCCGUGGUGGCCCCUUCUGCUACCGUGGAGUUGGCCGUGCCAGCGUGUGCCUACAACAUCCAAUCCCACAGCCACAGAGCAUCUCACAGGUGUCCAGGGCAGGCCGGAGGAGGCUGGGAGGAAACAGACAGCCGCCACAGCUUCUCCCACAAUUCCUCCCAAGAGAACGUGCCAGUCACCCAGACCUCGGUGGGCAGGAGCAGUAAGUCGGGUGGCUCGGGCAGCCAUUCAGGGGCAAGUCGGGAGAGUGGUGACCUAGCAGAGCGUGUGGAAGCUAUGCAGCUGGGAGACUGCGGUCAGGAGAUGGCACUUAUCAACAGUCUGACCGGCGGUUCUAAAGUCUUCCUAUCCAGAGAGGAGAGCCAACACUUCAUCAAAGAAUGUUCCACUCUCAAUUGUGAGGUGGUAGUUGAACUUCUGUCUCGCAAACUCCAGGACCACUCACAAACUGUCCAAAUGAGGGCGCUAUGUGCUCUGGCCUGCCUGAUGUCAUCAGACUUCCUCUCCCUAGACCAUAUUUUCAAUAUCACACACAAACGCCUUGCACAGCUUAGUGAAGGAACAGCAGGCCCUAUCGCUAACAAGGCAACCAAGCUCUUAAGGCAGUUUGAAGCUUUGCUCGGCUGCGUCACACAUCCCAGGUGUGACUCUGCUGGACGUUCAGCCUCCUCCAGCUCUUCACUUUCAGAGCAGCCCUCCAAAUCUUUCACCAACCCGCUCCUAUCAGGACAACUAGGAGAAACAGCAACUUCUGUUAUCCCUUCAGAGGAGCCGCCAUCUAGAGACCGCCCACAAGCUAACAUCACCGCAUCUGAGUCUCAUAUCAAAAGAGAACAGGAAGAGGAGAGAAACAGCUGCAAGAUACAAGAACCGUCCAGACUGUCGCUCUUCACUGGGAUGGAGCUAGUGAACAGAAGCAAACCUGUGUGUUUGGUUGAGCCCGUUCCUGUCGAGACCGGUGUGGAGGCCACAACAGACACAGACUGUGCGAGUGAGAAAAGCAGUGACAGAACUAUAGAGUCACCUGCUUCGAGUAGACCCAAGCAAUGCAAAGAGCAAACGUCUGCCUUCACUUUCCUCAAUCUCUGAUGCCAACUUUCAUCAUCAAUCCUCAUUCAGACAGCUGUGCUGAUGUGGCGGAAUACUUCACUCUGUUCAAUAAAUUCAGCCUGUGAGGUUUUUUUUAAUGAAAGCAUAACCAGAAACAGUAUAUACAGUAUUUGCGUUUCAUGACCAUGUUUAUAUGCACAUGAAUACUUCAAGUAAUGCAGGAAUUUGGUAUCAACUGCGAUCCAUCAUUCUUAAAACUCCUCAAAAAUAGAUGUACAGCAUGAUUCUGACUUCAGUUUACUCUAUGCACUGUGUACCUGUGGAAAUGCUGCUAUUCAUACAGAGGAUUCAUUGAGUCUAUGAUCAGUAAUGGUACAAUUCAUUGAGAUACGAUUAGGAAAUGACUCGGGAGUUGUUUUCAUCUUUUAACAGUUUAACAUGCAGAGACAAGUAAUCUGCUCAUAGAUAGAAUUUUCUGACGUGUGAACAAAAUAUUGCUGUGUGAGCGGUUUAACCAGCCACCUGUUCAGCAACAUUGACUGAGCUGCUGGGUUUUUUUUGUUUGGAUAGAUGAGUUUUAGGGGAAAGAAAACGUUAAACAUGUUAUCUUAUUGUCA